AUGUCUGACAUCGACAAGUCGUUUGCCUUUCUCCAGGACAACAUCCCACAAUGGCUGCACCAGAUUACGACCGCCGAGGACAGGGUCACGGCAAUGCAAGACGAAAUCACAAAAGUACCCAUAUCACAGUCGCCGUUCGCAAAGCAGAAAUCAGAUUCGACCGCUUCCAUACGACCAGGCAAGCUCGACGCCAUCGCAGAAGACGCCACGCCCUCGACUGCAACGCCCGCCGAUCCUAUUGUCAGUCGAAAACGCAAGUCUCUCUCCGUUUCCUCGGACCAGGAGCCCGACUCCGCUCGCCAUCGCUCUCGGAUCAUGGUUGUAACUAGCUACGAUGGGGACAUGCAAAAGUCUUUUGAAUUACUAGUUCGCGCUUUCGGAACAGGACGUAACCUGCUACGAAAGGCCAAGAUGGAGGCCAGGAUGAACGAUAUGGCCACCAUGGCAUCUUCCAGCGAGGAAGAAGACGAUGAUGACGACCAAGACGAAAUUAGCCCGGCCAAAGUAAACUACAGAGCACGCAUGUCAGCACUACGGGCACGAUCGGCAGCAAGACGAAGUGGCCGACUAGGUGUCAGUAGCGGUGUAGAGACACCAGCAGAACUAUUCGACUCCACAGAUAAGAUUCUAGAACAAGCACAAGAACUAUGCGAAAAGGCUGCGCAUCUCACCCUGCGCGACGGCGACUGCAGAAAAGAAUUAGCGACAAUCCGGAAAAGCUUCGAGACCCUGUUAGAGACCGCCAAGACCGAAGUCGACAAAUGCAAUGCGCGCAAGUCGCAAGACCCACCAGAGUUGCAAGCACAUGAAACCUCGGAUACCUCCAUGUCGUCGCUGGAACCCGAGGCGGUCUAUCGGAAAGACGUACAUUCGCUGCCGGUAUCCGACGAACAUUCCAAGCCCGCCCCCGGCCCAAGAGAAGCCGCCGUCUCGAAACCACUAAACUCUCUCAACAUCGAGGUCGACGAAAAUGAUGACUCUGACGAGGAUUUCGUCUUACCCCCCAUCCGCCUCACAUCCCGCUUUAACCGAUGA